UUCUUUUGAUACAUUAUAUCAUUAACAGUUGAGCCUUCUAUAAUCUGUUAUGGAGAAUGGACUUUUUGCCAGGUGGAAUAAGAAAAAUGUGAGCUGGUUUUGCAAACAACAGAAACCGGAGUCUUUUUUGCUGAUUUGUGCAUGGAGGCUCUAUAAGUUUCCCCCUUAGGGUUAUAUCUAUACAUUUUCUCUUUGAUUGUUGUUAUCUGCAGACCUUUGUAUUGUAUUGUAUGAUGCUCACUUAGGAUAACAUGAUGAUGAUGAUCAUGGAUGAUGGGUGUUUUGGACAUUUCAAAUGAGAGAGGAAUGGUUGGGUAACCGAAUAUCAUGAAGAUGUUAUCUUGUUGAAGAAGUAGAAGUAAAUAACUUAUUUGAUCAUGUAUAUGUAUCGCAAUGGAUUGGAUAUGAUAGAUGUCAAGAUUGGUCUCUAUCUGUAUAGAAAAAAAAUUAAUUUUUGUGUACUUUUUUUUAGUCAAAAUAAAGUAGCUUCCAACCAAAUAAGUUGGUUUAAAAAACAAAUCUACCAACCACCAAUUGAGAUAUCUGGCAUAUGACUGAUUAAUAAAAUCAGUUAAAAAUAAAUUAUAAUCAAAUCAUGUGACAAUCAUGCUCUUACUGAAUCAUAGUUUAGAUUAGUUCGUGUCUCAGUCUCACACGCAUGCACAUGCACACUCACACACAAACAAACAUGCACAUGCUCUUACUGAAUCUGGCCUCCCUUCAAAUCACAGUCGUCGGAUGUAUUCGAUACAAGGGGCGUUAUUGACUCAUAUUGUGCUUCAGUCUUGUACUUUCUGCUUUGUUUUUUGUAUCUUAGUCUAAGCUGUUUCAUUUCAUGUACAUAGUAACAUCCUCAUCUUCUGAUAAAAACGGACUAUAGAGUACUUUAGUUCCUGUACCCCUCAUGUUUGGUGGAUGGUUGUAUGUAACCUGAAUGUAUUGAAUGAAAUACAAAUUUUGAAGCAAUUGUAUUGAAUUGUAAAAAUUAUCUAGUCAUUUGUACAAGUAUUUGAUGCAUAAAGUACUCUACAGUCCCUCAAUUGAAAAUUCCUGUGAAAUCAUACUGAUAUUCAUGUUUCCCUCAUCUUCAAUCUAUUUUCAGAAAACCUAAUUUCGCCCUCAGUGACCGGACUUCAGAUCUCGCCAUCCAUCUCCUGGCCGUUUGUAUGCUAGCUAUUAUGUUUCUCAUUGUGAGGCACUGAGGCCUUAUUAAAGUUUUCUCUGCUGUGAGACUUGGUUAAAAUUUUGAUGGAUGUGCUCCCCAAAAGGCCAGAGGUUAUAGCCAAAAAGCCGAAACUUGCUAUUAUUGUUAAUGACAUUCUCAGUGUGAAAGAGAUUAAGCGAAUACCAUAUCUGUUGUCUAAGGGAUCAAAAAAUUGGCUGAUUUGGAGGCAUUGCCAAAAGGGAAGUGGUUUUGCUUCCCAGAUUGUAAGAGAAUUCAUUAAUGUUUUGCAAAAUUUGCUAACUCAAAAUCCGGAGAUUGUUGAUGAUGACCUGUUGACUUUUAUGAGGGAGAAGCAAAAGGAUAAGGAGGAGAAGGGGGACAAGGACAAAAAUGUAAUUUCAAAAAUGAAAUUUGAUCUUUUAAGUGAGAAGAAUGCUACCCAUGAAACCACACCCAUGCUUACACAAACAAUUGAGGUGCUGUUUGUAACCAUAAGGUCCAUUUAUAAAGUUGGAGACUAAAGCCCAGAUUCUGCAAAACCAUAUGGACCAUUUAUGGAGA